AUGGAGAAUCUUCGUGCUGAAAUGAUGGCUGAGAUCAAAGAACUAAAAGCCCGACAAGGAGGAGGAAGACUAGAGGAAGUGAUGAGAGAAGCCAAUACCACACCUUUAACUCCACACUUAGCCAGAGCACUCAUUCCCCAGAAGUGUCCCAUCCCAGCGUUCGAGUGUUACGAUGGAUCCAGCGACCCCGCGGCCCAUCUUCGGUACUUCCCUUCGAGUUUGAAAGGAUCGGCCCUAUCUUGGUUCGAUAACCUACCUCCAAAUUCUAUCGACUCCUAUAGCCAGCUCACUGAGAAGUUCUUGAGAACCUACAUGUACAAAAAGGUUGUCAAUGCAGGAAUGGACAAGCUCUUCUUAUUACCGGUCGCAUACAAGAAAACUAUCAGGGAAUAUACCGAUAGGUGGCACAAGAUUUGUCAAGCAAUAGGAAAUGUGGAUCCGGUAGUCAGUAUCAAUUGCUACAAGUGGGGGUUGGAUUGGAUGAGCCCGUUGUUUGUUGAGAUUCACGGAAGUGUCCCCACGACCGAAGGAGACCUUCGAGUAAUCAUCGGAAAGCACGCAAGAUUGGAGGGGAUCCAGCGGGAAAAUCCCAGGGCCCAAACGCAAAGAUCUCAUCAGACCAACUCAGUGGAUCAAGCCAGCGGAUCCAAGAGAGGCAACUUAGCUGAACGUCCCGACGAAGAUAGGAGGGGACGAAGGGAUGAUCGACGGCGAGAUGAUCGUAAAUUCGAAGAUCAGGUAUAUACGAAGUUGAACACCAACUACACUCGCAUCCUAAGAGAGAUUAAGGGUCGUGAAAACCUACAAUGGCCUUGGUACAAAGGAAAGCAGCCCCCAAGGUCCGUGAAGUCAAGAGAUUACUGUGAAUACCACAGCUUCAACGGCCAUCAGACCGAAAAAUGCAAGAACCUCAAGAUAAUGAUCCAGAAGCUGAUCGAUGCUGGCGACCUCAAACAGUACAUAUAG